GUUUCCUUAUUUGUAAUUAGCUGAAGUGUGCUACACUGAAGCUGUAACAAAUUCCUAUUAAGAUGAUUGCAUAAUUGCUCUAAUGGUUGGUGUAUGAUAUUCUGUUUUGAUUUUGCAGUUACGCAAGAUGCACACGCUCUGUUUCAAUUGUGCCUCCUGCAUACUAUGCUCAUCUUGCGGCAUUCCGAGCUCGAUUUUAUAUGGAACCAGAGACAUCAGACAGUGGUUCAAUGACAAGUGGUGCAGCUGCUGGGCGAGGAGGUAUGGCUGGAGCUGCUGCUAGUAGGAGCACACGGGGACCAGCAAGUGCUGCUGUUAGGCCUCUGCCUGCUCUGAAGGAGAAUGUGAAACGUGUCAUGUUCUACUGUUAAGUUCGUGUCUAAUGGAUCAAUCAUUCGGGAAUUAUGGAUACAGUUAACCUCUUAAGACCAAAGGAAAACUUUGUAUUUCGGCCUUAUUUUCAUACUGUGUUCAAGUGUCUCUUCAUUUGAUUUCAGACAUGCAAUUAUUGAGACAACUUAUCAAUGUUGGUAUUUCAGUUAGUUGAUCUCGUCGGCUUUGUUUUUUUUUGUUUUUUUGUUUUUUUUUUUUUAAUUUGCUGUGCAGUUUAGACAGCAUUAAAAUGCACAAAAUACA